AGCCGAGGAGAGGAGGAGAGAGAGAGGGGGGAGAGAGUGAGUGAGAGAUAGAGACAGUGUGAAGGUGCGUUUUGAUGUUUGGCAUCCACGAGAGCAUCCAGAGGAGUGGGAGUAGUAUGAAAGAAGAGCCCAUGGUGGCCGGGAUGAACGCGGUUCGGACAUGGAUGCAGGGCGCCGGGGUGCUGGACGCCAACACAGCCGCCCAGAGCGGAGUGGGUCUCGCUCGGGCACACUUCGAGAAACAGCCGCCCUCCAACCUCCGCAAGUCCAACUUCUUCCACUUCGUCUUGGCUUUGUACGACAGACAGGGUCAGCCUGUGGAAAUAGAGAGAACCACUUUCGUCGACUUUGUAGAGAAGGAAAAGGAAAUGACGGGGGAAAAGACCAACAAUGGGAUCCAUUAUAGACUUCAGCUCCUCUACAGUAACGGGAUCAGGACGGAGCAGGACUUGUAUGUUCGUCUCAUUGACUCUAUGACUAAACAGGCCAUUGUUUAUGAGGGCCAGGACAAAAAUCCAGAGAUGUGUCGGGUGCUGCUGACCCAUGAGAUCAUGUGCAGUCGAUGCUGCGAUAAGAAGAGUUGUGGCAACAGGAACGAGACCCCAUCAGACCCUGUCAUCAUCGACAGGUUCUUCCUCAAGUUCUUCCUGAAGUGUAACCAGAACUGCCUGAAGAAUGCAGGGAACCCUCGAGACAUGAGGCGUUUUCAGGUGGUUGUGUCGACUACGGUGAGCGUGGAGGGUCACGUUCUGGCCGUCUCCGACAACAUGUUUGUGCACAAUAACUCAAAACACGGGCGCCGAGCUCGGAGGCUGGACCCGUCAGAAGGAACGCCAUCCUACCUGGAACACGCAACCCCCAGCAUCAAAGCCAUCAGCCCUAGUGAAGGCUGGACCACAGGGGGCGCAACAGUCAUCAUCAUCGGGGACAACUUCUUUGACGGCCUACAGGUCAUCUUUGGGACAAUGCUGGUCUGGAGUGAGCUCAUCACCCCCCAUGCCAUCCGCGUCCAGACUCCACCCAGACACAUCCCCGGGGUGGUGGAAGUCACACUCUCCUACAAAUCCAAACAGUUCUGCAAAGGCACACCUGGACGCUUCAUCUACACAGCGCUGAACGAGCCAACCAUAGACUACGGCUUCCAGAGGUUACAGAAGGUCAUUCCCAGACACCCUGGAGAUCAAGAGAGAUUACCUAAGGAGGUGAUUUUAAAGAGAGCGGCAGAUCUGGUGGAGGCCUUGUACGGGAUGCCUCACAAUAACCAGGAGAUGAUUCUGAAACGAGCAGCGGAUAUCGCGGAGGCCCUCUAUACAACAGUCCCAAGAGGGCACAACCAGCUAGCCAGUCUUGGCAGCAGCUCUGUUCAUGCUGGCAUGAUGGCAGUAAACUCUUUCACCGGGUCAGAGGUGGCACAAACAGCCAAUCAGGGUUUCAGUAGGAGUACAAGCAGUGUGUCCCCUCAUGGUUAUGUCCCCAGCUCUACUCCCCAGCAGAGUAGCUACAGCUCUGUCUCCACUAGCAUGAAUGGCUACGCUAACUCUGGCAUGGCAACCUUGGGCACCUCGCCCAACUUCCUCAAUGGAUCUGCAGGCAACUCGCCCUAUGCUAUCGUCCCGUCCAGCCCAACAAUGGCGUCGUCGACCAGCCUGCCCUCCAACUGCAGCAGCUCCUCUGGCAUCUUCUCCUUCUCUCCAGCUAACAUGGUGUCUGCAGCCGUCAAGCAGAAGAGCGCAUUUGCCCCCGUUGUCCGACCCCAGAAUUCCCCUCCUCCCACGUGCACCAGCGCUAAUGCUAACAGCCUGCAAGAUCAGUCUUUUGUGGACUCUAGCAAGUACUCAUCAGCCAGCUCUCUGCAGGGCCUGGCCUUCUCCUGAACAGCGAUUCCCGGGAUGAUCGUUCCACCCAUGUAGAGGAUCUGGGAUAGCUGGAGAUUUGGGAAUGUUGAGAGGAAAAAAAAAGACAGUAGCGGAGUCUGGUGAGUCUCUGUUAUGCUGCAGAGCUAAAGUGAAGGAAGUCAAGAUAAAGACGCAGGACUCUGUUAAACUCAGGCCUUUCCAUUGGGAUUUCAUCUGAAGGCGAUAGGAGAGAAAGAAAAAGGGGACAAUAUGAACCUUUUGUGAUGUUAUUUCCCUCUUGGUUGAAAUAGUGUAGCUUCUCUGACACCAUGUUGGAUGGAGUGUAUAGAGACUGAUAGUUUGCCCACAGUGUGACACUGACCUCAUGAAAAGAGCAUUUAUUUAUCUUUGUGUUUAUGCCUGUAAGGUUUGGGUUUGAUUACUGGAGGCCCCCACACCGCCUUGCAAUCCAUAACUCGCACAAACAACAGCGAAGUGUUGGUUUGGCCAUGAAGUUUACAAUAACUUCAGUCACAAACAAAGGAGCUUUCCUUACCGUUUCCGCCUCUCUAAAACCGCAGAGCGACACAGUGGCCAAAUGGAGAAGGGAAAAAAAGUUCAGCAACACAGAAAAAAAUAGAAAAUCAACCAUUGAUUUUGCUGCUAAUUUUCCAAUAAAUCUUAAAAAUUGUCUAGCAAAACUGCCCCAAGCUGUUUAAACAUCACGCCUUGCUUUUAUUUUAUUUUAUUUUUUUAAAUCUCUCUCUCUCUCAUUUUGGUUGGUUUGUUUGAAUUUUAAUAAAACUGUGAGGAUAGAGCUGUUUGCAAUAUGCUUUUUCUGCUUGACAUGUGAAGACAAGGUGACGAUGAGAAUUUAGCCAAAACUGACGAGGUUUUUAGUGAAGACUUGAAAAGCCAGAGGAUGUGUGUGCGUCCAGCCAGCACUGUAACUGAAGGAGCCUAGCAAAUAUCAAAUUAGAAUAAAUGCGUGAUAUAUGUGAUAUAUUUUUGUAUAUAUAAAAAAAAUGUUCAUUUUGGGUUUUUUUCACUUC